UUCUUUGUUUUCUUUUCCUAGUGGGUGGGAGCAGCCGAACACACACAAAAGCUAUGAUCACAAAUUUGGUAAGCAGUUGUUGAAUUCAAAUCGAGCUUCGCUUUCUCUUCCCUGCACUUUGCACUUUGCACUUUGCACUUUGCACUUUGCACUCUGCACAGCGCAAUGGCGUGUUUGUUGAGAGCGAGAAACCCCUGUUACUCUCUGAUGAGGCGCAUUCGAAUCCGGUGCAUGAGCAACGUUCCCGAGAACACGGUGUAUUCGGGGCCCACCUCGCAGAGCUCGACCAAGCGCGUCACGCUGAGCCAGUUGCGCCAGAAGCACCGCGCCUCCCAGCCCAUCACCAUGGUCACCGCCUACGACUACCCCGCCGCGGUGCACCUCGACACCGCCGGCGUCGACAUCUGUCUCGUCGGCGACUCUGCGGCGAUGGUGGUCCACGGCCAUGACACCACUCUCCCCAUCACGCUCGAGGAGAUGCUCGUCCACUGCCGCGCCGUGGCGCGUGGAGCCAAGACGCCGCUUCUCGUUGGGGACUUGGCUUUUGGGACCUACGAGUCCAGCUCCAAUCAGGUCAUGCUCGCGGUGGAUACUGCGGUUCGUAUGUUGAAAGAAGGGGGAAUGGAUGCCAUAAAACUGGAGGGAGGGUCGCCUUCGAGAAUUGUUGCAGCAAAGGCUAUUGUUGAGGCUGGAAUUGCUGUCAUGGGCCAUGUAGGCCUUACUCCCCAGGCCAUUAGUGUUUUAGGGGGGUUUAGACCUCAAGGAAAGAAUGUUGCUAGUGCUGUCAAGGUUGUAGAGACAGCGUUGGCUUUACAAGAAGCAGGGUGCUUUUCCGUUGUUCUAGAGUGUGUGCCUGCACCGGUUGCGGCUGCAACCACGGCAACCCUUCAAAUUCCUACAAUUGGAAUUGGGGCUGGACCCUUUUGCAGUGGACAAGUGCUAGUUUACCAUGAUCUGCUUGGUAUGCUACAACACCCUCACCAUGCAAAGGUUACUCCAAAAUUUUGUAAGCAGUAUGCACGUGUAGGAGAUGUCAUCAAUAAAGCCUUACUGGAGUAUAAGGAAGACGUGAUAAAUGGUUCAUUUCCUGAUGCUCACCAUAGUCCAUACAAAAUCAGCAAAACAGAUGCAGAUGUUUUCUCAACUGAGUUGCAAAGGUUAGGUCUAGACAAGGCAGCAUCUGCAGCAUCUGAAGCAGUUCAGAAGAUGGAUACAACCAAAUCAACUAGUGAAGGGAAACAAACAAAAUAAUAAUAUAGUAUAGCUAGAGAUUCACCCUUUUUUCGCUUGUAGGUCCCAAUAUGAUAAUUUAGCAUGCUACAAAAUGAAGUUACAUAAUUAAAUAGAAGUUGAGCAGUUGACUAAUGGAUAGAUAGACACCAUUUUCGUAGGGAAGGCCACUUCAAUUUCAAUUGUUUUUCCUCUUAUCCUUUUGAUCAUCAAUGCCAAUGCAAAAAAAUUCUUAAUGUUACAGAAACAGCAUCUUUGAUGUCCAACAUUAUGCAUGGAAUUUUCAAAACAACCCUGUUUUGAAGCAUUGUAAAGGAGCAAAAUGUGCGAAACUAGUUGAUUUUAUUGUUAUUAUUAUUUAUGCAAUUCAUUACUGAUGUAAGCCAUCCUUUGAGCUUGUGUCAGAAGCAACUUGCUUCCA